CUUGAUUUCUAGUGGACGGGGUCCCUUGCACAGGACCAGUUCUGUCACUUAGUUAAGGCUUUACCUUGUCCCAGCAUCUUUCUGCAGCUGGCUGUGUUCUUUAACUGUAUUUUGGAUGGGAUUUUCUUUCUCUUCAUUGCCAUCUACAGAAUUUGAUGAGUUUUUAAGUGCUAAGGUUCCAUCUGCCAUCAGAUGUCUUUCUGCCUGGCUGAGUUGCACCUAUGGUCUUUGAAGAAUACCUUACAUAUUAGAGAUGAAGAUAUUGGGAUCCACCAGUACUACGACAAGAAAGAACCAGUAUCGCAGAUGAAGCAUGGUUACUUAGAAGAGAAGCAAAAGCUGGCAGAAUCUCGAGAUUAUCCUUGGAUACUUAAAAACAAACGACCAGAAAAACUGCGAGAUACUCUGAAGGAGGUAGAGGACUUAAUGCAAAACAGUCAAUGUGUGCUGAGCAAAUGGAAGAACAAACAUAUCUGUCAGCUCCUCUUUCAUUCAGGUGUAUUGGUGUCCCUAAGCCUUUCUGGGCCACAGCUGGAGAAAGUGGUGAUUGACAGGACCCUGGUGGGGAAGCUCAUCUCCGACACCAUCAGCGAUGCUGUUCUUACAGAUAGCUUCAUCAUCUUGUCAUUUGGGGACCACAACCAACUCUGCUUUAUUCAGUUUGCAAAGAAGAUGGGUUCUCCUGAUGUAAACAAAAGACUGGAAAAACUCUCUUGUUUGGAUUUUAAGAUUUCUUAUAUUGAUAUACCUGGACCAGAAGGUAGAAGGAUGAAACGUCACCUGGCAAUAAACUGUAUGCAAGAUAUGGUUAUUUGCUGGUGGUCAGCAACUAAUGAUGGAGCAUGGCCUUGGUCUCCUGUUUCCUGUGAGAGGGACAGAGCCAACUUAUUGCUAUUAGGCUGUGCACAUGGCAAACUGGAGGUUUUGAGUUUCGUCCGUACAGAAUGGGAUCCACUUGAUGCUAGCUUUAGCACUAAUCAGCCUUAUCAGGUUCACACAGUAGAGCACUCCAUCUCUGCAGACAAAGAGCCCAUGGCUGACAGCUGUGUCUACGAGUGUGUUAGGAACAAAAUUCAGUGUGUGGCGGUCACCAGAAUACCUCUAAGAGCAAAGGCCAUCAGCUGCUGCAGAAACAUUACAGAAGACAAACUAGUCCUGGGUUGUGAAGAUUCGUCAAUAAUUCUAUAUGAAGCCUACAACAAAGUGACUCUGUUAGCUCAAGCAGAACUACUGCCUGCUUCAAUAAGCUACCACCCUUGUGGAGCAGUAUUCCUGGUUGGCAGCUCUCAAGGGGAGCUGCAACUUUUUGACACAGCACUGUCCCCAAUUAAAAUGCAGCUUUUGGCAGAAGACUACUCACCUGAGACAACUUUGCAAUUCAGUAAACACUUUGACGUGUCUAGCAGCCUCAUCCAGAUACAGUGGGCUGCUCCUCAAGUUGCAUCUCCCCGCACUGAGGGCACAGAUAUUCACGAUCUUUUGUUGGUUAGAUUUGACAAAGGACCCUUAGGAGUACUUCGCUUUAAACUUGGUGUGAUCACAAGAGGACAGCUGGGUCUUGUGGAAAUCAUACACCAGUACAUUCGUUACGAGGAGAUACAUGAAGCAAUUAGUGUCCUGAACACCAUGAACUGGAACACGAUGGGUCGUCAGUGUUACAUGAGCUUGACUGCCAUUGUAAAUCACCUUCUUAAACAAAAGCUUACACCAGAAAGAGAAGCACAGCUUGAGGCAAGCCUGGGAACCUUUUAUGCUCCAGCAAGACCCCUCUUGGAUGCAACUGUGUUGGAGUACAGGGACCCAAUCAGCAGAUAUGCAAGAAGGUUCUUCCACCAUCUGCUCAGGUAUCAGAGAUUUGAAAAAGCAUUUCUGCUAGCUGUUGACAUAGGUGCUCGGGACCUGUUUAUGGACAUCCAUUACGUUGCACUAGAUAAGGGUGAAUUGGCACUAGCUGAAGUGGCAAAGAAAAAGGCUAACGACAUUGAUGCAGAAUCAAUAACUACUAGAAUUGAGCUUCUGGGGCAUUUAGCCGGAGAAGAUGCUUCAGAUGAAGCUUGCCUUGACCAGUCUUCAAAGCGCCAAGGGGAACACGACCUCCCUCCUUCUGGUUCGACCUCCAGGCCGUCGGCACAGAGCUCUUCCAGCAGAUCCGCCAGGCGCAGGCAGCCGGGUGACAAGGAGCCUGAGCCCCGUGCGGGUGUCCGUGCCACCUCUCCAACAGAGGGACCUUCUGCCAGGAGCCGGGAGGGAAAUUUGAGAGCAGUUCCUACAGAGCAGGUAAUGCAUUUCUGAUUUAUUUUUCCAUUUCUGCUUAUUAUUUACUCUAUUUUGCAGCUUCCUGAAACUUCCCUUGCCUGUCCCUGCAAGCUGUUUGCCCGCAGGGCUCUCGCUCGAGUCGGUAGGAGUACGCCAUGCACUGCGCUGUAAGAACGGGGCUUCUUCUCGCACUUUGAGCGCAGCGCGGCAGCAGCCGAAAACGGUUAUUAUGCGGCAGAGGGGACGUAAGAAAGAACUUAUUGUCCUCGAGCCACGUCCGGCUUACAGAAACUAGCUGGUGCUCGUACGGGCGCUUUCAACAGCGAGACCACAGCAAAGAGGAGUGAAAUAUUAUCCUGUGGUUUCACGAUCACUUUAAGCUAAUUUGACUGCAA